AUGGUGACCGGAAUCGAGGCUGUCGGGUUGGUCUUGGCCAUUCUCCCCAUGGUCGUGAACCAAGUGGAUAAUUAUGCCCGUGGGCUGGAAAGAAUCAAAGUCCUCCGUCGAUACAAAUGGCAGUUGGAGGGAUACUCUGACGGUUUAAGUGCACAGCACGCCAUCUUGUUGAACACGCUAGAAUUGUCUCUCGAGGGUGUUGUGAAUGAUCGCGACCGAGCUGAGUUGAUCAGGGACCCUAAAGGUCCGGGGUGGAGGGAUGCAGCAUUCGAAAAGCGUCUCAUUGAGAAGCUUGGUCGUGACUAUAUGCCAUUUACAGCAACUGUGAAGGGGUUAUGUGGCCUUUUGGAGGAGUUAUCUCAUCGACUCGGAUUGGAUAAUACAGACUAUUCCACGAUUACAUCAACAAAGCCCCUGGGGGCACUGAAGUUCCGCAAAAUAUUGUCUACUGCAAUAUAUGAUGAUCUGCUUGACAAGAUCAUCAAGACAAAUCAGACGCUCAAGACACUCACCGAGCAGUCUCAAUACCGUGUGCAGUCCAGUCCAGAUUCAAGACGGCGAAGAAAUUUGCAACGACAUCGAGAGCAAAGAAGACACGCAAGAGCUCUAUAUAAGAUCAUGGUUCAAGAAAGACAAUGCUGGAAUUGCGCUUGUCAGGAUGCGCACUCAAUUGGACUUCAAUUGGACUCGAAUGCCGAAACCAUGUCAACUUUCCACAUACUGAUUUCACCACCAAGUACCACUCCUCAUACGCGGCGAUGGAGCGAAGUUAAAUUGGAGCCCAGCGAGAAUGAACUUUCCCAAACUUUGACGCAUUGCAUCUGCAUGAACUCACAAACUAAUGGAAAGGUCAAGGUCAAUUCAACUACAUACUGCACGGAUUCGAUGCACAAAGUUCCCCAGUCUCCGGGAAGCGUUGUCACCAAUCUAUGCUCGGUCUUGAAUGAGCAAGGCAUUGAUCCAGUGGGAUACAUCUCCAGUAGAACAGCUCCAUCGGGUGCCAGAUAUAUCGUCACUCGUGUCGGCAACACUCAAGACGAAGUGUGCCGUUAUUCAUUGAGAGACACAUUUCUGGUCUCAUCCUCAGCGGUACGGCCAGACCAACAUAUAGAGCAAAUGAGCCGCCAAGACAGCCUCUACCUUGCCACUGCACUCGCCAACAGUGUUCUUCAUUUCCAUGGAACAUGGCUGCAAGAACAAUGGGGCACACAGGAUAUCCUCUUCAUCCGCACCAAGGAAGCUCUAUAUUCCCGGUAUCAACGUCCAUAUCUUGUUCGACGAGUAUCAAGUAUACAUCAGCCAGAGCUAAAUGAGUCCGCAUCCCAUAAAGGGAAAAAUAGGCAAUGGAUGUCAAAUGAGAUUCUCUUUCCACUUGCCUUGGUACUAAUUGAGCUUUCCCUGGGGAGUUCAAUUAUCUCACUUGUACUUCCUCACGAUGAGGGCUCGUCUGAGCAGGAGACGCUUUUCAAUGCUGCUACCCGUCUUCUUCAGCGGAAGGUUUACAUGACAAGUGGGCUGGGCUAUGGGGAUGUAGUUAAAGAAUGUCUCUAUUGGUCCAGGGGAGGUGGAUUCGAUGAUGAUCAGUUUGAUGAAUCAGUGUUUGACAUGAUUGUCUCUCCUUUAGUCAAGGAUUUCGAUUAUUUUGUGGGGAUAAGCAAUUGA